GAAAUGCGGCCAUUUUCCAUGAUUGUGGGUGGUACGUGACUGAGGCAUUUAAAAAUAUCUCUGGGAAGUUUUACAUUCUUCGAAGUUCAGUUAAUUUCUUUUCUUUAGUGUAGGAGUCGUGUCUACAGUCAGACUUAUAACCUUAUUAGAUACUUUUAUAUACCUUUACCUUUCUUAUUACUGAAGUAUGGCUGACCGGGAGGAUAAUGUCUACAAAGCUAAGCUUGCCGAACAAGCAGAGCGAUAUGAUGAAAUGGUAGAAGCAAUGAAAAAAGUAGCUUCUCUUGAUUUGGAGCUAACAGUUGAAGAACGCAAUCUACUUUCUGUUGCUUAUAAAAAUGUUAUUGGAGCUAGAAGAGCAUCUUGGAGAAUUAUAAGCAGCAUAGAACAAAAGGAAGAAAACAAAGGAGCGGAAAAUAGAUUGGAAAUGAUCAAAGCCUACCGUGUGCAAGUGGAAACUGAGCUGAAGGAUAUAUGCCAGGAUAUUCUUAAUGUUUUGGAUAAGCAUUUAAUUCCUACUGCCUCUACUGGCGAAUCAAAAGUUUUUUACUAUAAGAUGAAAGGUGAUUAUCAUCGUUAUUUGGCUGAAUUUGCCACUGGCAAUGAUCGAAAAGAAGCUGCGGAGAAUAGUCUUGUAGCAUACAAGGCUGCAAGUGAUAUUGCCAUGACUGAACUUCCACCAACUCAUCCCAUCAGACUUGGCCUGGCUCUAAAUUUCUCUGUCUUUUAUUAUGAAAUCCUAAAUUCUCCAGAUAGAGCGUGCCGUUUAGCAAAGGCAGCAUUUGAUGAUGCUAUAGCAGAGCUUGACACCUUGAGUGAAGAAAGUUACAAGGACUCGACUCUCAUCAUGCAAUUGUUGCGUGACAACUUGACGCUGUGGACAUCUGACAUGCGACAAGAUGGCAAUGAUGAAGGUGAAGGUGAGCAGAAAGAACAAGUGCAAGAUGUGGAAGAUCAAGAUGUUUCAUAAACUGUUUUAUAUUCAUAAGAAAAAAAAGAAACUGUGUUCCAUUAAUUCGUUACAAUGUGAGAUGGUUUUGUGUUUAUUGCCACGUAGGGUAUUUCCUUUGCUCAUUUUUUAUUCGCAGGUGUUUUGUGUCUAAAAGUGCAAGAGCAUCUUCUUCUAAUCGAGAACUUGUGCCAGCCGUGACUAUCUUAAAUAUGUAUUUUAGACCUUGUUGUCUUUUUAGAUUCUUUUAUGUCCCUUAUUCAGAAGUUAAUGUUGUUGUUAUGUGAUACUUUUUGUUCCAAAAGAAAGGCCAUGCAUACUUGAAAUUAUAUUUAAAGUUUUGGGUAGUUGGAAUAAAAUUUAUGUAAGAAUAUUAGGGGGGAAUACAUUUUGUAAUUGCAUGCUUCUUUAUCUUUUGACUUUUUUUUUGGCUUACUAAAAAUAUUGAGUUAAAUUUGAGCUUGAUGUGUAUGAGUUUAUAUAUGUAUGUGUGUGCAUGUAAAAAAUAUUUUAUUAUUGAAGUGUUGCUCAACAUAAUCAUUUUCUAGAGCUGUAUUUUCCAAUUUGAUUUCAUGGUAAUUAUGAAGUUCCAUUAUAGCUUUGGUGCAAGAUUCAUUUUGUCUUGGAAAAAAAAAAAAUUGCCUUGCCAAUAUUUUAAUGUUUUGUUGUCUUACACACACAUUCAUAUAUGUGCAAUUGUUUUUAAAAUUUUAAUACAUGGCUGGCUGUUGAAGUAUUAUGGCACCUGAGAUUAAUUUUUCUCCUUGCAUUUUUAUAAGCCAAAUUAUUCUCUAAAUAAAUUUUAAAGUCUAGUGUCCCAAGUACAUCUUGUUAGUAUUUUAUAUAAAAUCAGUAGGACAAAUUCUUAAGUUUGCUUCUUAUGUAUUUGUAAAAUUUAUAUUUCACAUGUAACUGUUAUUUCAUGGAAGUUUUCAUACUCAGGCAUACGUAGUAUAGCUCUGAAUGUUUCAUUAGUAUGUACUAUAGUUUAUUUUGGAAGAAACAAAUAAUCAUGAUAAGAAUUAAGAGUGAGAUGGCUCUGCUGCCAAGAGAUAUUGCUCCAGGAAAUUCUUUUAGUUAAAAAUUCAAUGGCUUUAUAGGAUUCUAAAAAUAUUCAGUUGCUAUUUAUCAUAGAUGGUCAUUGUUUACCAAAGUCUCCUUAGAAAAUAGAUAUUUUUAGUCUCUACAAAAUGAUAAUAGAUACUUUUCUUUUCUUUCUGUUUGAAACAACUAUGCUGAUAAUAUAGUUCAUGCGUCUUACUGAAAAAUUUGCUUUUAAUAGAUUUUAUUGUUAGUGUCUAUUUCUUGCACUGACUACAGUUAUUCAUGCCAUCUGAAACCAAUGCAUUUUUCGUAUUUAAUGGUACAUUAUGUUUUUCUAUAGUACUUUCUGAAUUAUUUAAAAUAUUUCACCCAUAUUAUUUCUUGAAAACUGGUGCUAAAUUUCUCGUAGCUCUUUCUUGAAUGUUUCAGUGUGUCUAGUGCUCUGUGUUUGAUGUUAACUGUCAUUUUUGCUGAUGUUAUGUUAACUUUUCUGUCUUAAAAAUUAUGUUUUAAGUUUUUUUUCUUAUUUGAAUUUGUAAGUAUAAAAUGUAUAAAAGCCUUUAACUUCAGUUUUUUUUAAUGGUCUAUUGCAAUAUAAUUAAUAAAAUUUUAAAAUUAUGUAUGAUUUUUUUAAGUAUAACAUGUAUUUAUAUUUUUAGUAGCUUCCAGUGUAAAAACUAAUACCAUGAAAUAUCCAAGGUGUAGUUGGCAUUAAAUAAAUAUGAUUUCAGUGCCUUUGAGAUCUCGCAGCUUAGACUGGGUAUAUUUUUUCCAUUAUGGAUAACAGUUAUUUUUGAAAAAUAUAAUGCAAAAGCUUUUUUUGUUUUAAUUUUUUUCCAUAUGAAACUGUUACUUUAUGUAAUGAAUAUGGCACAUUUUUUCAGGUAACUGAUUUUUUUCUUAUACUAUAUGUAUAUUAAAAUUUUAUUUAUUGAGAUAUUUAUAAUUUGUUUCCAAAUCAUGACAUAUGUAAACUAGUGUAAUGCUCACACACGUAGCAUUGAUGUCUAAAUAAUUUUAGUUACUUUUUGAAAAUAACAUUCUGUUUAAUAUUUUUUAUUGCAAAGGUUUAAGUUGUAGGUUUCUUGUGGAAAAAGCGUGAAUCAAUGCUACCAUGUGAGUAUGCAAUUGAAAAAAUCCAGGAACCAAGAUAUUGUACAGUUUUUUGUAAACAGAAUUCUGUUUGUUUAUUACAUACGAUGAUGUAAUGUAGGUGGCACUGUUAUGAAAAUGAUUUGACUGACAUCUUUUCACAAUUUUUCAUUCCAUCUGUAGAACAGAACAUUGUAUGCUUUUUGUACAACAUUCGUUAGUUCUUGCUAUAUACAGUCAUUCCAGCGGAAUGUAGAUGAUAUCUCAAAGCUGUGUUUUAUGAUGUAAUAAAGUAAUAAAUGUCACCCUUGUUUCCCUUA